ACCAAACAAGUUUGGAAAGUCAAAGCAGCCUGGAUAAAUCAAGAAGAAAAGGAAACCAUAUUCUAAGGAGGCUUACAUAUAUAUUGUAGUAAAAAUGUCAUACGAUAUAAUGAGAAAUCAUUGGAAAUACCAGACAAGCUGGACAGAUGGUUUUACCUGCACCCACGUUAAACUGCAGCCCAGAACAGCAGAAUCGCCAGUAUCACCAGUACCAUAUAGACACCAACGCUAUACUUCACCAACACGAAGAUCACAGUCAAGCUCUCCGGAACCAAGAAAUAAACACGAUAGUCGACCGGUUAGCAGGACAACUACAAAGAAAAAGCAUCCAAAGACACCUAUACAAGUCUUAGAUAUGAGGAGAGAACAAAGAGUUUGCAGAACCAAACCGUGGACUGAAAAGGCUCCGUUAAAACACCACAAUAGAAACAAAUACAUAGAAACAUACUAUGAAAAUUGCUUGCCACCAGAUGCAGACUUGGAAGAACUCAAGCUUCAUUCCAGAAAAUUUGUCGCUAAUUCACGCUAUGGAAAUAUUUACCAAAUAAAAUACGACAAAAAAGCCAGAAGCCCACUUGAGAAAGUUGAAGAACCCGUGACUUGGUUGUGGGAGGAAGAUUACAAAGUUUGGUUACGUGAUAGUCAACGUUCUGUUACUGGCAGGUCAACGCCUGUAACGCCUACAUAUCAGUCUUUGUCCAUGACACCAAGAGGUAUAAAGGUUGGUCAGUACACAACAAGAUCAUCUGAUGGCGGAUACCAUUCUAUCAUAACAAAGCCUUCGAAACCAGAUUCAACUCCACGAAUGGGACAGAGUAUUACAGACAAGCCUAAUGCAGAAUUAUUUGCGCAUUGUAAUGCUUAUCGCCUAAAUAAACAGGAGAGACAGAAGGCCGCCAUUAAGAUUCAGACACGGUUUCGAGGAUACAGAAUCAGAGCACAUUUGGAUAGAUUAAAACGAAAGGUUAUUCUUGACCAUGGAAAAUGCUGGAAGAAUUUUGUCAAAGAAUACAAAGAACUAGUAUCAAGAAUACAAUCACGUUAUGGCUUAAUGAAUCAUUCUUGUCCAAUUGUACUGAAAGAGAUUGACGAGUUCAUGGAUACAAAGUAUAAAUAUGAAAGAGAAUUUGACAAGACUUCAGAAAAAGGAAAAUUGUUCAAAGAAGACUUGUCUUUGUUUUUGAAAAACUGUGAUCUUCAUCCAACAGAUAAGGACAUCUCAACUGCAUUCAACAAAAUAUACAGAGGUUCUGGAAACACUGCUGAGGUAGUUCUUGUACUUGAUUGUUCCACUAGUAUCGGACCACUUGGGUUCCGUCGCCUGAUACAGUUUGUGAAGGAUUUAGUUUGUAUGUAUGAUAUAGCACCAGAUCGAGUUAGAAUUGGGGUUCUUCCUUUCAAUGAAGAUAUAUUCCAGUCCUUCAGUAUAUCAACACAUCGAACCCGACAUGACAUAUUGAAUGCAAUAGAUACAAUUCGAUUGAAACAUGGACUGACACGAACCCAUCUGGCUAUCAAAGAAAUGACAAAUAUGCUUUCGAAUGCUAGACCUGGUAUCAAGAAGAUUGGUAUUGUUAUAACCGAUGGGAAAUCAUCCGAGCCAGAGUGUACGGAGUUGGAAGCAAAAAGAGCUAAUGACGAUGGCAUAGAAGUUUAUACAAUAGGCGUUGGUGAAAGUGUGGAUACGUCUGAAUUGUUGACUAUUGCCUCAUCAGACAAAACUAUGUACACAGUGAAAAGUUAUAACGAUCUAGCGGAUCUUACUCAUGUUAUUGCUAAAGUAACCCAUCAAGAGCAAACAACGAGUAAAAUAAGCUGUUGGGACAAUGGAAAAUGUCGUCCUCUGACGACGACAGAAAGUAUGGAGAUAUUAUGGACAUUGUAUCCUCCUCCAGCUGCUAAUCUGUCACAUGUCCGGAAGUCUAGAUGGAUCAGACCAAUCAUACAGGGAACAGAGGCAUGGUCGCUUUUAGACGAGAAGACAAAAUCAUCAACUGACAUCAGAUCAUGUCUUCGAAUUGUAGUUCAGGCAAGAAUAAACAAAAAUGGCAGUGUCAUGCUUCCCUCGAAGAACAAAACUGGUGUAGAGAAUAUCAAGGAUGUAGACGAAGCUGUCACUUAUAUAGAAGAAUGGAUGAAAUGGCAACGGGAAAACAACGAAGAAUCUGAUUUCAGUAGUGCUUAAAAAAAAUAAAGAUUACGAUUAAUAUUCUUAUAGUCAUUGAAGGCGAAUCUAAUGUAAAUAUAAUCGGAAGUCUAGCUGCAGCAAUGGAAUACUCUUACAGGCUACGUGUAUGUGUACAGGACCAGUGACACGUCUACGAUAGAAAGUGGA